GCGCUGCGGGUGGCGGGCAGCCUCAGUGUGGAGCACGGCAGCGGGUGCGCGGGCUGGGAGCUAUCCGCGCGGGGCCCGGGUGCGGCGGGCACAGCGCAGAGCGCAGAAACCUACACGGACGGCGGGGACCCGACGGCGGCGCCUCUGCGCUCCCCGACUCCGGCCCAGUACCCACCCGUCAGCCGCCCAGCCCAGCCCUGCGAGCACCCCAGCUCGCGAUGGCUCCCGAGGCCGGGGCGCCCCCACGCGCGCGGCGCUCCGCGCCCUGGGCGACGCUGCUGCUCCUGGCCGCGCUGCUGCCGGUCGUCUACUCAGCCGGGGCUCCAGCUGACCACCCAUUGAAGCCAAGGCAUGUGAAACUGCUGUCCACUAAAAUGGGCCUGAAAGUCACGUGGGACCCACCCAAAGAUGCUACCAGUAGACCCGUGGAGCAUUACAACAUUGCCUAUGGGAAGUCACUGAAAAAUCUUAAACACAUCAAGGUGAAUGAGGAGACACACUCCUUCCUCAUUGAGGAUGUGGAGCCGGGGGUAGUGUACUUUGUGCUGGUUACGGCAGAAAACCAUGGUGGAGUGAGCCGUCCCGUUUACAGAGCUGAGAGCCUGCCUGGAGGUGAAUGGAUCCAGAUUGAUGGUUUUCCCAUUAAGGGUCCAGGACCAUUUAAUGAAACCGUCACAGAAAAGGAAGUGCCAAACAAGCCUUUGCGUGUCCGCGUCCGAUCCUCAGAUGACCGGCUGUCGGUUGCGUGGAAGGCGCCACGCCUGUCUGGAGCCAAGAGUCCCCGCAGGUCACGGGGGUUUCUUCUGGGCUACGGGGAAAGUGGCCGGAAGAUGAAUUACAUUCCACUGAAAAGAGAUGAGCGAACACACGAAAUUAAAAAGCUCGCCUCUGAGUCCGUGUAUGUGGUCUCCUUGCGGUCCAUGAACUCCCAGGGGCAGAGUCAGCCAGUCUACAGGGCCGCCCUCACAAAACGGAAGAUUUCAGACGAGGAUGAACUGGACGUACCUGAAGACAUCAAUGUCCGGAUUAUGUCAUCACAGUCAGUGCUUGUAGCCUGGGUGGAUCCUGUUUUGGAAAAACAGAAGAAAGUUGUUGCCUCAAGACAUUACACCGUGCGCUAUCGAGAAAAGGGGGAACUGGCAAGGUGGGAUUACAAGCAGAUCUCCAACAGACGCGUGUUGAUCGAGAACUUGAUUCCAGAUACCAUGUAUGAAUUUGCAGUCCGUAUUUCACAGGGUGAAAGAGAUGGCAAAUGGAGUACAUCUGUCUUCCAAAGAACACCAGAAUCCGCUCCUACUACGGCUCCUGAAAACUUAAAUGUCUGGCCCGUCAAUGGCAAAAGUACAGCUGUCACUGUAGCAUGGGAUGCACUGCCUGAGACCGAGGGGAAAGUGAAAGAAUACAUUCUUUCAUACGCCCCGGCUCUCAAGCCAUUUGGAGCAAAGUCCCUCACCUACCCUGGAGAGACUACUUCUGCCCUAGUGGAUGGUCUGCAGCCUGGGGAACGCUAUCUUUUCAAAAUCCGGGCCGCAAACCGGAGAGGAAUGGGGCCUCACUCCAAAGCCUUCAUUGUCGCUAUGCCAACAACCAGUACCAGCGAGUCCAAUGUUGAAGUUCAGCAGAAAACAGACACAGAGGAGAAGUGGAGACCUGAAAAACCUGAGCCUCCCUCAUCUUCCCCCAAAACGCCAGCUACCUCAAAACAUACUCAUGUGCCGGUUUCCCCUCGAGGUAGAAAUGUCAAGAACCCUCUUCCUGACUUGAAGAACAAAAUAUUGGCCAAUGGUGGGGUGCCCAGAAAAGCCCAGCUUCAUCCUAAGCCUGAAGGGUUGGAGCUUCAGUCGACAGAGCUCACGGAUGAGGAGGCACUGGAUUCCCAAGGCGACCUGCCAACGUCGCCCUCGGAGACCCAGGACCAGAAGCGACAGCAGAGGCCACCAAGCAGAUCUGUCCACCCAGUCCUUGCUUCUGGAAGGACUCCAGUGAGGACCCGAACGCCAGUGCUACCCCGAAAGGAAGGCGUAGAUAAGUCUGGUUCCUCGCUGCCCGCCCCCUGGGCCUCAGCCUCUUCUGUUCAGCACACACCCACUGAGGGCAGCCCUCAGGGCUCUGCCAAUCUGCCUUCCAGCUCUGCUGAUAAUGACUCACUGGACCAAGAGGCUGAAGAGCCAGCCACAGGCUCCCUUCACCCCAAGGAUGCCUCUUCCGAGAAUCUUCGGCCCAAGAGCACAGCCUCCGCUCGGCCAGCCUUGGGUCCCAGCCGCCACUCGGCCUCCAGUACUGUGCGGGACAGAAACCCCGCACACCAUGGUACAAAACCAGCCUUGCCGGCUCAGAGGGCACCUCAUUCUGAGGUUGGAGAGGAAAAUUCAAGUGCUUCAGCCCCACGCUUGAGACUUGCUCCACCUCAUGGGGGGUCAUCUCGGCUGCUGCCCACGGAACCACACCCCGGGUCUCCGCUCUCCAGGGGCUGGAAGGACCAUCAUGAUGCCCCAGCUGUCAAGUCCAAUGUGCCAUCACGCCCUACCAAGUCUUCCUCUGUCUCUUCGCGUCUCUCCUCAAGGACACAGGUCACUGAGAGAGCAGAUACCUCUGAUGGCAACAGUGACAAUGACGCAGAAGAUGAAGGGAGGCAGGACGAGGCCACUGCCACGACGCCUCAGGCCCGGCUGCCUGCAGGUCCCCCUGUCUCUGGACAUUUCAGUUUGCACAGAAACAAGCCCUUUGCUGCCCACGGUAGAUACCCAAACAGGUUUGGCAGUGGCCGAGGACCCAGGUUACAGUCCUCCAGCUCCCCGCUGUCCACCAUGUCCCCCCGAGUUCACUCAAGAGGGAAUUCUCAUCGAGCUUCUGACCUUAGGCGUGGCUUGGGUAUCCAUGGUGAGAACAUAGAGGCAGAAGAGGAAAAGCCACUUCCUGCCACCAUCAUCAAUGACCAUGUGCCUUCCUCCUUCAGACAGCCAGCCUCUCGGGGCGUAAAUCACCUACAAAGAGUCCCCCAGAGAGGAACGAGCCUUCCGAGGAAGGAGCCCCUGGCAGAGAACCCCAAAUCCGCGGGGACCUGGGCAGGUGCGCACCCUCAGGACAGAUCGCUGUCUUCUAAGGCUCAGGAUGUACAACAGAGCACAGACGAGGCCGAGGAAGAGAGUUCUCCCAAAACCCAUCUGUCCCCUGCUCGGCUGCCCGCAGCGCAGUCACAGCACCACCGCGGGUCCAGCGCACCCAAAAGGAAGCCUGUGCUCCCCCAGGCUGGGCGUCCCCACUCCUCGUACCAGGAAAGCACCUCCUCGGACCCUUACACUUCCAGAGGCAGUCAGUCCCCACUCCUGGCGAGCUCUCCAGGGGUGGCCCCCACAUCUCCCCAGAAUCAGAACGAGGAUUCCGAGAGCAGAUAUGGCGGAAACCAUGACGACGACAGCACAGAAGCAGAGGCCCGAGGUGUGCGGCCGCCCGCACACUGGGCGCCCGCCAAGGACACCACCCUGUCCCUUCCCAAGCACAGGCAAGUGGGGGCUCCAGCAGGAAGCGCGGGGGACAGUCACCUCCGCAGACCACCAGGAUCCUCCCUGAGGCCUAGCAGGCCCCACGCCCAUGCCCGCACCAGGGUCCCGGCCAGAGCAGGGCCCCAGGCGGUGGGGAAGAAGGACGGGGCGUCGCAGGCCACACCAUUCAAGAGAGACCCUCUAACCUCUAAAUCUCAGCAGUCGGUCUCAGCUGAGGAGGAGGAUGAAGACGUGGGGUUUCUUAAAGGAGGAAAGGGUGAGGACCCUCUGUCUUCCUCUCUUUCAAAGUGGCGCUCCUCAUCCGACCCCAGGGGCAGCAAAUACGCGGAUGGGAACAGUGCUAAGGAGACAGAGUCCGCCUUUGUGCCUGCGCCCCCGAGAGGAAACUCCCCCCAGGAUGAGAACGCAACACCAGUGCAGCGACCUCCUCCACCUGCAGGCAGCUCCCCGAGAGCCUCGCACCUCCCGCCCAGACAUUCCCCUCGUGGCUCUGUCACUCCCAGUGCCCCUCUGGGCACCUAUGCCCGGCCUCGGUACACCACCCGUGCCCCUCCGGUCUAUUCGUCCACCACCCCCAUGCUCUCCCUGCGCCAGCGCAUGAUGAACUCCAGGUUCCGGAACCCUCUCUCGCGCCAGCCUGUGAGAUCCCCUUUCAGACAAGGUUAUAAUGGCAGACCAAAUGUAGAAGGGAAAGUACAUCCUGGUAGUAAUGGAAAACCGAACGGACAAAGAAUUAUCAAUGGCCCUGAAGGAACAAAGUGGGUUGUGGAUCUCGUUCGUGGGUUAGUAUUGAAUGCAGAAGGAAGGUACCUCCAAGAUUCGCACGGAAAUCCUCUUCGGGUUAAACUAGGAGGAGAUGGUCGAACCAUUGUGGAUCUGGGAGGGACCCCUGUGGUGAGCCCUGAUGGGCUUCCCCUCUUCGGGCAGGGGCGGCAUGGCAAACCCCUGGCUAGUGCCCAGGAUAAGCCCAUUUUGAGUCUUGGAGGGAAGCCCCUGGUGGGCUUGGAGGUCAUCAAAACAACCACCCGUGCCCCCACCACAACUGAGAGACCCACUACUACCCCUCGGCCCACGACCACCACCCGUCGCACGACCACGACCAUGCGCCCAACGACCACCAUCCGAACCACUAUGAAGACAACCACCACCACCACCACCACCACCACCACUCCUGAGCCCACCACCCCCAUCCCCACCUGUCCCCCUGGGACCCUGGAGCGGCAUGACGAAGAUGGCAACCUGAUAAUGGGCUCAAGUGGGGCCCCGGAGUGCUCCCCUGAAGAAGAUGAUUUCUCAGGAUUAGAGACCGACACUGUGAUCCCCACGGAGCAAGCCUACGUGGUCUAUGAUGAAGAUUAUGAAUUUGAGACCUCGAGGCCACCGGCCACCAUCAAGGCCUUCACCACCACUGCCAUGCCCGUGGUUUUCCCACCAGAAGGCACCAUUAGUUCCUUUCCUGAAGAAGAAUUCGAUCUGGCUGGAAAGAAACGAUUUGUUGCUCCUUAUGUGACGUACUUAAGUAAAGACCCAUCAGCCCCGUGCUCUCUGACCGAUGCUCUGGAUCACUUCCAAGUGGAAAGCCUGGAUGAAAUCAUUCCAAGUGACAUGAGGAAGAGUGACCUGCCUCCUCAGCACGCCCCCCGCAACAUCACUGUGGUUGCUAUGGAAGGCUGCCAUUCAUUUGUCAUUGUGGACUGGGACAAAGCCACCCCAGGAGAUGUAGUAACAGGUUACUUGGUUUACAGUGCAUCCUAUGAAGACUUCAUCAGGAACAAGUGGUCCACUCAAGCAUCAGCAGUCACUCAUUUGCCCAUUGAAAACCUGAAGCCAAACACGAGGUAUUAUUUUAAAGUUCAAGCCAAAAAUCCUCAUGGUUAUGGACCAAUCAGCCCUUCAGUGUCAUUUGUUACAGAAUCAGACAAUCCUCUGCUUGUUGUGAGGCCACCAGGUGGUGAGCCCAUCUGGAUCCCAUUUGCUUUCAAACACGACCCUGACUACACGGACUGCCAUGGCCGGCAGUAUGUGAAGAGGACGUGGUAUAGAAAGUUUGUGGGAGUUGUUCUUUGUAAUUCACUGCGGUAUAAGAUCUAUCUCAGUGACAACCUGAAAGACACAUUCUAUAGCAUUGGGGACAGCUGGGGAAGAGGUGAAGACCAUUGUCAAUUUGUGGAUUCACACCUUGAUGGAAGAACAGGGCCUCAGUCCUAUAUAGAAGCCCUCCCUAGAAUUCAAGGCUACCAUCGACAGUAUCGCCAAGAGCCCGUCAGCUUUGGCAACAUUGGCUUUGGAACCCCCUACUACUAUGUGGGCUGGUACGAGUGUGGGGUCUCCAUCCCAGGGAAGUGGUAACCCAGGACGAUCUUGCCGACAGCUGGCCCUGCCUGGCUCCCUUGACUAACUUGCACUCGGGGCCGUGAGCAGGAAAAGAAGAUGGUGUCCCAAGCCACACAGCCCAGGGUGUCAACAAGGCCAUGGGAUGGACACUGGAUAUUUGGGGCAUCUUCAGUCUGGAACUCAGCCCUGCUUCCUGGCCUGGACCACACACAGGAGUCAAUGUUGCUGUUAACUUUGCUUCUCCACACAUUUUGCUUGUAAUAGCACAUCCCAGAGACAAGUGAAACACGCCGCUAAGAGGAUGCCCACUGAUUCAGGGCAAUUUUCACACUUUUUAGGCACAAAAUUCAGACCCCUCGGUAUUUCCAGGGAACAGCAAAAACAUGCUGUGCUGGCUUCAUGGAACGCUACACGCUUUCUUUUUUCUCAUUGGACUCCUUCCAAACUAGCUGAAUUUAAGCUUCGGAUCUCUUUUUAUGCAGUAGAACUGAAUUACUAAAAUCACCACCAAAGGAAAUGUAUCCUACUUAAGAUUUAUCCCAUGGACUAACCCACUGCUAGACCAAAUGUAUCAAAUCUUCUUUGUAAAUUCUCAUUUUGGUAUAUAUAUGUAUAUAUGCAUAUACAUAUCCACACUUCUCUGCAAGAACAUUGAUUAAAAUCGCUAAAUUUGUACCUAUUCACUAGAUAAA